AUGCAAAACAAGAGUACAUUGGUAGAGGAAAGGCUUGGCAGGACCAUGCAGGACAAGCUUGAGGAAAUGAAAGGCAAACUCCACCUUGAGGAAUGUGAGAGAAAGGUCCUCUACGCCUGGACGGAGCAAGAACGCCAUGUCAACGAAGGCACCAUCAUACAGCUUCGACAUGAAGUAAAGAAAAAACGCGUAGACUUGGCGGAAAGCAUCAACGCGGAAGCGAUUGUCAUCAAGAAUGCUUUCGUUAACAAACGUGUGGAGCAACUCUCGAUGAAGCGUCUCUCUGCAAAAAAAGCUGUUGCUGAAAUGGACCAGAAGGCCUGCGAAAGGGCAAAGAUCUUGAACGACCUUCGCCACUGUCGGAGAACCCGGGAACAGAAGCUCAAAGAUAUGCGUUCGCAGCUGACGAAAGAGAGGAAGAUUCUUGAGAAACCCAUCGAACACUUGUCGUUAGCGCAACGCCUGAGGGGGCUGGAGAACUCAUUGGACAAGGCCCGUAUGAAGGUCGAGACGGCUAACAAUAUUGGGGACCAGUAUAAGCAGGUAAUCAAGAAGCUGAAGGAGGAGAGCAUGUAUUUCCCGGCCCGGUUGGAUACCAUGGAAGCCGCGGUGAUCGAGGUGCAUCAGGAGCUGGCGAACCUGAAGAGAAUGAACAAGGAAGCUGAGCGGAAUAGGGACCUCGGGAGAACAGAGUUAUCAAGGAUCGAAAAAGAUGUCCAUAGCGCCAAGAGAAAACGAGAUUCUACAUUGACAAAUGUGAAGAAAGAUGUCGAAAGACGUCGACAGGAGCUGGGGAAACCGGCCGAAAAGAAAACCACCAAGUCUCAACCGCAUCUUGAAGAUGGGCAAGCAGAGAGGAAGGCUAUUCUUCAUGCAAAGCUCAAGUCCGAAAACCAGCUCCAAUUGCUGAAGUACGAUUCUUUGUUUUCAGAGAUUAAGCACCGAACUGGCCUGACCAGGCUUGCGGAUUUCGUGGAGAGGUUUCAUAAUCAGAAUGACGUCCAACAUCGUCUGCUCCUCCAGUCGGCAAGAUGUCAACACCUCACAACCAAACUUCGCCGCGAGAAGGAAGAUAUGCAAAAGGCACUCGUAGAACUCAGAUACAGUUUACAUAAGCGUUUGUCCCAAGGUCAAGACAGGUUAGGAGCCAUAGCAGACGAUUGCGAAUCCAGAAAAGAGACUAGAGAUAAAACGCAAGAGACCAUGAAAGAACAGGGAAAGCUUUUGAUCGGGAUGACAACAGGUUUGAAGACCAUUUUUGAGAAACUCGUCGACAUCAAACUCCCUCCGCCGACGCACGAUCGUCUGACUGGGGACGUAGAAAUGGACACCGGGCUCAUCUGUGAGAAGUUUGAUCGUCUGCUUGCAUCCCUAGGUGACAACAACGCCAAGAAGAUCAACGAUUUCCCUGAUCUUCAUGAAAUUCUUGAGCAGCAGCUCGGCGAUGAGAACAUCCGGGUUCAGUUUAAGACGAGCACGACAUCUGUUCAUUCCCAGUUUGAGUACGAGCAUAACGAUUCAGAGGAAGUCCCGACCAGAGAUGACAUCAAGUUGAAAGCACAGCUUCUCAUGGAAUCGAAGAUGAAACCAAAGAAAAGGAAGAAAAAGCUGGCCCAAUAGCUUGAAUAAUCAGAUGAGA